AUGCUCGCGCAAAUUGCUGUAGAAGCCACACGAGUGGUAUUAAUUUUAUUCAUCAUUUUGGGCACAUUUGGUAAUGUACUCAAUUUAUUUAUAUUUACUCGACCUACACUUUUAAAAUCACCAUGUACAUUAUAUCUUCUUGCUGCUUCAAUUGACAAUAUUCUAGUCAUUUAUACAACAUUAUUAACACGAUUACUUGCAAAUGGUUUUUCUAUUGAUAUAACUAUUACAUCCAAUGCUGUAUGUAAACUACGAAGUUAUGUUGGAUAUGUUUUCUUUGCUGUGUCACCAUAUUUUUUCGUUUUGGCUUGUUUUGAUCGAUAUUGUUCAAGCUCACCAUCAGCAGCAUAUCGAUCAUGGAGUAAUAAGAAAGUAGCAAAACGAUUAAUUAUUGGAGCAAUUACAUUAGCUUGUAUUUUAUAUUUUCAUAUGGCAAUAUUUUUUGAAAUACAAUCAGGCGAGGGUGGAUUAUCUUGUAAUUGUCGACCAGGAAUUUAUGAAAUAUUCUGGCGAAUAUUUUAUUUAAUUGUGAUG